UCAUAAGAGAUCGGGAAGAAAAGUAAUUGUACCUUAAACACUUUGCGUGGAUGGUCCGUUAAUCUAGCGCAGAGCAUGACCUAAUGCAGCCUAAUUUAGAUUGAUCUAUUUGUAUAAAAAAUCUCCUAAUCCACCUAAUAUCCAGUAUUAAAUUCUACUCUCCGUUCUACUUGACAAAGGGAAGGAACCGUAGGCGAUGGGUUAGCUUUUAUGUGGGUGAAAGAGAAAGAAAUUAGGAAGAAGAGAGACAGACUAGUCAAGGCAGAAAAGCCAAAGCUUAUCCUUCCGCCAUGGCUGCAGCAGCAGCAGUUGCAGACAACUGCAAUACAUUACAUAUGGCUUGUUCCUCGGAACCUGUGACUGCAACAGAAGGUGAAGGUGGGAAGCCUGUUAAUGGCGAACACCAGAAUGGGAAGGAGAACCAGGAGAAACUUGUCGGCAAAGAAGACGGAGCAGAACAAGGGAAGGAGGACGAGGCUAACGUUGGAGCUGACGGUGAAAGUUACGGCGCAGGCGGUGGAGAUGAGGAAGGUGAGGAAGAGGAGGAUGAUGAUGAUGACGGUGCCGUGCCUGACGGAGAUGAAGAAGAUGACGACGAUGACGACGGCGAGGAGGAUGAUGAAGAUGAAGAGGAUGAUGAAGAUGAGGAGGAGGAUGAAGAUGAUGAGGCUCCUCCUCAACCUGCAGCAAAGAAGUUGAAGAAAUGAGAAAAUUUGGUUCAUAACUGAGGUUUGGUUUGAAUUUUGUUAGGUUUAGAGUAGGCUAGAGAUCUUCACUUUAGGCACCUAAUAAUGGUGGAGGUGGCAUUUCAGAGCUUUAAUGUCUCUGCUCUCUGUUCGUUAAUGUUGUUAUUUUUUGGCUCCUGGGAGUCAGAGAUGAGAAAAUUGUAAAAGACCACAUUUUAACUGACCGUAAUUUAAACCCAUCUCUUUUUUUUA